CCCCAUUUUACCCCGCAACGUUUCUCUUCCCCCGCUUCUAACCUCUAUAAAAACACUGUCCCACCACAACUAAUUUCAUUCACACUCUUUCCAUUCCUCUCUUCUUCCUCUUUUCUCUCUCUUAGGGUUUCCGUUUUCUCUCUUCAUUCUCGUUUCAGUUUCCAUGGCUCAACAAGAUGCCCAAAACGGUGCUUCCGAAACCGCUGCUCCCGCUGUUUCCUUCGCUGCUCUGAAGCCUCAGCUCUUCGUUGAAGCUCCAAAAGCUAACGAAGCUGUCACGUUCUACAAGAAUGCGUUUGGUGCUGAAGAGGUUUCUCGAACCUUGAACCCUAAGCGUAAGGCUGAUCAAGAGAUUCCUCAUGUUCUCUCCGCUGAACUCAAGAUCGCUGGCUCUUUGUUCCUUGUUGCUGAUAGCCUUGAUGAUUCCGCUACACCUGUGAAGACUGGUGGAAACGGUGUCGUUUUUGCUUUGGAGACUGACGAUGUUGAAGGUGCCAUAGCGAAGGCUGUUAAUGGUGGAGCUGUUGUGGACAUUGAAGGCGCUGCCGGUGAUGGGCGCGUGGGAAAGGUGACUGAUCCGUACGGUUACGCUUGGCAAAUCAGUGCUCCUGUGAAGAAGGUUGAUGAGGUGGUGGCUUGAUGACUGUUAGAUGUGAAGAUGAUCUGACCGUAGUUAGUUGUUUAGUUUUAUUAGAAAUUGUAUUGACUAUUUUGUUUUGAAAAGACCAGACUUAUGUUUGUUGACUAUUAAUAUCCUUGUCUUGAAAACUAUCUGUAGUUUAAUAUUGUUUUAUGGUUCUGUAUGUUUCAUUAUGACCGAACCAAUUUAAAUGAAUGGAAUGGGUAACUUUACAUGGUA